GAAGAUUCUUGAAACUCGUGUAUUUGUCUAGGUCUACAGAUUCUCAUCAUGCUGCUUACAUUCGCCGUCCUGUUGGUCUUCGGCUCGGCACGGCUGUCUCACAGCUUGUGUGAUCCUGACGUGCUGCAUCCACAGACGGCCUUGUGUAACCAAAAGUAUGCGUUCAAAGGGAAGGUUACAAAAAGUACUCUUGAUGAAAGUGUGGACAACGCACCUGAGGGCUCUACUGGGGUCUCAUAUGAGGUUAACGUAAUGAAGGUGUUCAAGGAUACAGAAUCCGAUCUGACUGAGAUAGAAGUUAUAACUAUAACUACAAAGGGAUCGAUGCAGAAUGGCAUUCCCUGGCUGGUUGUAGGAACUAAAUACUUUAUGACAGUCAGCAGCAGCAAGACGAUCGACCUGUGUCAGAGUUACGUGGUUGAGUGGAGUCUCUUGCCGCUUCCUAAGAGUGUGUACAAGUGGCGUGCUGCGGACGAUACCUUCAUAGGGAACAAAAACUGCGAUAACUGUGAGAUAAAUUAUGGUACUCCGAAAAACACAGCAGAAGUAUGUGACUACAACAGUCUCAGUUGCUGUCACCUCUAUGAGCGAUGUAACUACAAUGAAAACCUCGGACAAUGUAGCUGGGAUAAACUUCCCCAAAAGGAAAGUGGAAAGGAUUGUGAGGCUCCAGAGUAGGAAUAGGAGGACCUGUGAUGAAGGAAGAACUAACUUUCAUAUUCUUGUUACAGAUUUACCAUAAUUAUGUUAAUGUUCAAUAUUUUUCUCCUUGAGGACGUUUUUAUCUGAUCUUUAUCACCCCUAUUACGGUAUGUGGAAUAGCUAGGUGAUUAAUAGUAUUGUGAAUAUUAGGACCACAGUUAUUUAGUCAUAGGGGUGGUCAGGUAUGUAUUUUACCUUUCUAUUGUAAUCCUGUACAAUAGAUGUUCAUUACGUCUUACUCGGAGGAUGCAUUAAGUGCAUUCACCUGUCCAGGUGAGUUGACUUACUUGUUUCACGGGUAGCACUAUCAGGUUUGCUGUACAUAAGGGUCAACAGAUUUCCAGCAGUAGAUGCCACACUAUUUGCUGGUUUAGACAAACUCUCACUUCUGACAUUCCGGUCCCUUGGGGUUGGUUGAAUUAAGACGACGGUUGAAUUGCGCCAAAAGCUGUCCGGUGUAAUUUAUAGACCCUACCAUGUUGACAUUCUUAUAACUGGUAUUAGUCCUUUGGCAGAGAAUAUAAGUGAGCAUAACCCCUGGAGUUUCGGAGAGUCUGAGCUUCAUGUAUGAUCACCUCAAAAACUGUUUACCGAAAAGAUAUAUCCAUCAUUUUAAACAGAGCAUCCUGUGGAAAUGGUUGUAUGAUUGUGUAAUAAAUAAAUACAUGUAUAAUA